AUGCUCUGGUCGGAGCUGAUUCAGGGGACAAGUGUUCGUUGCCAGUGCAUGUCAGAUCUGCUGGCUUUCUCAACCAGUUUACUCACGCAUAUGGAGGAUAUCUCUUCGGCCUUUUCGCAUCGGUUUGUCCUUACUGAUGUGGAGCAACAGGAAAUAGUGAUAGAGUCCAAGGAAAACAUUGGUGUUAAAACCGAUAAGUUCUUCCUGAAACCUAAAGCUCACGUCACAAUAGUAGAGCUGGAACAGAACAGGUUCUUUUUUGCGUUCAAUACAAAUUUGGAACGCGCAACGAUCCUCAAUGGGGGCCCGUGGCUGUUCAACGGCUACCUCUUGAUUCUAGCAGAGGCAGAUGAAAAAGUUAACCUGACCAGGAUUCCUCUUGUGAUGCAGGAAUUCUGGAUACAGGUGAAAGGCCUUCCCUUGUCUUUUAUGACCAGGGCCAUGGGUCAGAUGAUUGGUACGGCACUAGGAGGCUAUGUUGUCACCGAUCAGAGCAAGAAAGUGGAUUGUUUAGGCAGUUAUUUGAGGAUACGUGCCCGCAUUGAUGUGACAAAACCUCUCCGGCGAAGUUUAAACCUCAGAUUAGACGGAGAUCUAGUGGAGGUGGAGAUACGUUACGAGAAAUUGCCUAUCACAUGUUAUCAUUGUGGUUUGAUCGGCCAUAUGGAAGGCUCAUGCACACAAAAGGGUGUUGUCUAUGCAGAUGAUAAGGCCAAGCCUUAUGGCAAAUGGUUCCAACAGGAUGUUCUUGGCCCCGACUAUCGGCGGCCUUCCGGGAGACGUUUUGGGCUUUCUCCAUCGACGGGAUGGUCUAUGCGAGCUCCAGAUAAAUCCGGCUUCCAUUCGCCAGCAUGA